AUGGAUGAACAAAAUUGUCCCGACAAUGUGGAUGUAGAUGAUAUGAGAAGAACAGUGACGGCAUUGAAGGAGAACGUGGAGGCAAUCAACCGUGCCUUGUGCUCUCAAAUCAGUGCUACAAACAUUGAAAAACAAUUGUUGGGAGAAAUACAGGAUAUGAAAUUACAGUUGUGUGAGUUGAGUGAAAGUUUAAAGCAUCAGACUUCAGUCAGUGUCUGUGAUGACAUGUGUGGUCAGGCGUCAUGUGUGCGAAGGGACUCCAGGUUGCAAUUAAGUAGAGACAUUGAGGAAAUUAAAUGUUGCCUCCAACACUUGACUGCAGGCCUCGGUUGCUCCUCCCCACCUCUCAGUUGCCCCAAAUGUGGCUCGCCACCGUGUGAGAGUUUGAGAGAUGACAAUAAUGAUGAAGUGGAAUGCAAGUCCGAAAGUCCUUCUCCACUCAUGGAGUGUCAGAUGGCUGUGCAGAUUUCAGAGUGUGACGAUGUCACUCCAAAAUCAAGCAUAAAUCAAUUUGUGUUGGAUAAAGUUGAGGGAUUGAAAACCUCCAUAAAGGAUGCCAUAGCAACAGAGAAAUGCUGUAGUGAAAAUGAAUAUUGUGCUCACUCGGCUAGGGAAAAAGAUGAAAUGGGCAAUGUUUGUAGUCAAGAUGUGGCAUCCUCUGUGAAAGCCAAAACCUCCAUAGAACGCAUAUUUCAAAUAUUGCAGGACUUGGAGAGCAUUCUUUCUGCUGACAAAUCCAACCUCAGUCAGGACCGAGCUCUGGUGCUUGUGUGUACGUUAAAGCACCUUCUAGAGUCUGAAUUCAGCACUCCAAAUGCAAAAGCUGAUGACGAGUGGACGCUUCAGGAGGGAGCUGAACAAUACAUCUACCCACCACCACAUCUAAUAGCGCCUUCACCUUGUAUGAUGGAUGGACGAAGGCAUCCUGACUCAUCAAGCCACAAGGGCUCUUCAGCUUCUCUCUGCGGAAGCGGUGUUUGUAAUCAUCCAACAUUUCCACUCCAAAAUGAUCCAAAUGAAAAUCUUGACACAAAAAUUAAGAAUUUGUUGCGUGAACUUUACUGUGAGUUGCAGUCCUUCGAUGAGGAAGUUAAAGCGAAGGUGCUUUCAAUGUUGGAGGAAAUAAGUGAGACUCUAGAAGCACUACAAAGUUGUCAACAAAAUGAGAUUGCUAUAUCCAUUAAUAUUUGUCCCAACUGUGAAGGUAAUGAAGGAUCGAUGCACUUCGAUACCUGUGGACUGCCUUCAACACCUCAAGAUGGAAUGAUGGGGGAAAAUCGUCCCAACUGUCAACCCUCCAUCAUUCCAACACCAAAUUUGUGCAGUCUGGUGACAGAGCUUCAGAGUCUCAUUCAAUUACUGGAGCCUUCUGCGCAACUCUCCUCGGACUAUGAUUUUGAAUCAAAUCUAAGCUCCACUUUGAGUAGCUUGAAAGAGAUAUUGCAAGAAAAAUGCAAUGAUCCAGAGGUAUUGGAGAGCAUUGGAAACGUUUUGCAAGCCCUGAAGGAGGAGCUUUGUCAACAAGGUGCUAAGACGUCAGUACAAGUUGCCAUCAUUUCUGAGUUGGAAGAGUUACUGACACCUUCUGGUGUCACCUAUCCACAAGGACGAGAUGUCUGCCAAUCGGAUUCCGCUUUAUGUUGUAGAGAGGUGACGAUUCCAAGCGAAACCUACGAUGUGAAGGUACUGACAAUUCUAGACUCCAUAGAAGGCUGUAUUAGAGAAGUUGGCAGUUGUUGUCCAAAGCAUGCAGAAGCAUUGCAAUCGACAAGAAACGGGGAGUGUACGAUCGUGGGGCAUUCAAACGCUUCUGCUCCAAGUUGUGCAGAGGAGGUGGAGUACAAGUCGCCGGCAGUUGUGUGUGCUGAAGCAAUUAAUUCACGAGUGGCUUUGGUUUUAGCCGAACUAAAAGGUGUCGUACAAACAUUGGAGGUGGAGGGCUCCACUCUCCAUUGUGGUACUAUUUCAAAAAUAUUUUACAUUUUCGGUCAAAUUGAAUGCAUUUUGGCAGCCGAUCAACAAAAUGCUUCCACUCUUAUGGAAAUCAAACAAAUUCUUGGACGGAUUAAGGGGCGGAAGGUGGAAACAGUGUCAGAAUGUCCUAUCGCUGAUUGUACGGCACCCUCCACAAAUGCCGAUGGUAUCUGUGAGAUAAAGAAUCAAAAGCAAUUGAGCACAAUGCAAAGUGAAGGGUGUGCUGUCUUGGAGCGUUCAGCCUCCAUCACAUUGUGUCCUGUCCAUCCUACCAACGACAACGACACCCCCAACACCAACUGUCAGGACCGAUGUCAAAGCAGCACAAUGCAUCGUGAAGCCUAUGCUGCCUCAGACGUUUCGGCAUCUUCCACAAUAUGUCCUGCCCACCCUACCAACGACAGCGACAACCCCAAAUGCAACUGCCAAGACCAAAGUCGAAAGAACACAACGCAAAGUGAAGCCUGUGCUGCCAUCAGUAGUCCAGUGUGUCCCAUCCACUCCAAAUCCCCCAGCGAAGGU